CCAACACUUGACUCCCUCUGUCAGAACACAAGUCACAUUGCCCGUUUGCCCUCCGGCCUGAUCGUCCACCCGUCACCGUCAUCCCCCGAAAACACGGGCCACGAGUCUUGAAAGGUGUGCCUUGAAACGCGUGUGUCAACCAGUCAACUCGAAUUUUCAUAAUUCCUUUAAUCCUUCAUUCCUUUAGGAAACUUGGUUAUCAUCAUCAUCGAGGGAUCAUCGAUCGAGUGGACGGUUUACUUUACGUAUUAGUGGCUAGUGAUGAUUGUUCGAGUGUCGUAAAAUGUUUUUAAUUUGAUACCUUUUGUAGAAAUGUUUUUGAAACGCAAAUAUGAAUAAUUAGUUAGAUCAUCGUGAGUGUGUUUAAAAAAAAAAAGUGUAGUAACUUUUUAUUUUCUAUCUGUUCGAUCGUAGAUUAUUUUAAAAAAGUGAAGCUCGACGUCAUUUGUGUGAACGUAUUUCGUGAGAAAUGCGUUAGAAUGUUGUCUUCCUCCGGAACCCCUUUCAGUGUCCGCGACAUUCUUAGCGAGGAUCAGCAAUUGGGGAUCAUGGAUUGCUAUCCUUCCGUGCAUCAUCACCAGCACCAGCUGCAACAGCAACACGUGCCCCAAGAGUAUUACGGUUACAAUACGAUCGUGCAGGAGAACAAUUGGGAGAACGUGGAAAAGUUCAAGGAACAAGGCUCGAUGCCGGCGUACCCUCAUUAUCCGGACCUGGGCCACGUUCAUCAGUUGAACUCGAUCGCUCCUCCGUAUCAAGAUCCACCGGUUACGGAGGAUGGCAACGUGGUCACGUCAAGCAAAACGGAGUUACGGAAGAGUCAGUCUGGCAAGAGAACGAAACGGAAGCCCAGGGUGCUCUUUUCUCAAAAUCAGGUGUACGAGUUGGAGCAACGAUUCAAGCAGCAACGAUACUUGAGCGCCCCCGAGAGAGAGCUACUCGCCCAGACCCUGAAACUGACCAGCACCCAGGUGAAGAUCUGGUUCCAGAAUCGGCGAUACAAGAACAAACGGGCGAGGUUGGAGGGCGUGGAGAGCCUGCAAGCGCAGAACGCGAUGAAGGGGCAAUCGUCGUUGAAGAAGAUCCACGUGCCUGUGUUAAUCAAGGACGGGAAGCCGAACCUUCAAGACAACCCCUACAACCCGUCUUCUUACUGGUCGAACAUCAGGCCGGAUCUCGGCGUGGCUAUGCAACCGGAUUACGGUUGCCGUACGAUGAACGAGAUACGCUUGAGCCCGGAAUUCAGGAACGGCGAAAUGAGGAUGGACACUCCGCCGCAGUUCAAGGCGGAGAUAACGACGCCCGAACUGGGCGGGAAAUCUUUGAACGGGGGGGAGGUUCAAGCGGGCAGGCAACACGUCCUAGCCGAUUUCAGGAACAAUUUGGAUCCUCGAUUGUCGCACGAUUGUCACAGGCAGAUAGCCAAGGGGAAUCAAGUGGGCGGCGACGAAGCCAGCCACGUCGCGGCCACCACGUUCCCGGAGGUGAAGAACAUCGGGGCGGACAGUAAUAAGGUUAUGGGGAGCGACGGAAGACCGGUGAUGGACGUGACCAGUAGCGAUUACGGCUUCCCCAAUUAUUUGGCACCGGCUAAUUAUCAGAUGCAGUACGUUAAUUACAUGGAACAGGUGCCCAUGGACCAAAAUCUGCAACGAUUGUGGUAGGGGGAAUUCGUUAGAAAUUUCGUAGUCGAACUUGUGUUCUUUUUUUUUUUCAAAAAACGUGUUUCUCGAGAGAAAUCGAAUUGGAUCUUUGAUUUAGGUCGUCGAUUUUUCUUUUUUCUUUUUUUGGAAGAGUAUAGAUUCAAAUUUGUCAAAAACUGUAAAUUGAAGAUGUUUUAUCACAAAGAUCGGUGUUUCCCGACUUCUUUGUUAAUAAUAUUAAUUAUAAAUUCAUGAUUAAUGAUAAUAAUAAUUAUUCCUCAAAACUCACUUUGGAGGAUCAGGAAAUUUUUAAUUUUAUAAUGGAAACUUUCGAUUAUCUAUUUUUUCUUCGAUUUCUUUAUUCGAUGAAUUAUGUUAUAUAUCGUACAGAUAUUGGAAAAAAGAUAUUACAAGUUCAUUGUAAAUUAAUUUUUCAAAAACAAAAAAAAACGUUGGGAAAUACCGUACAACUGUUUUGUAACAAAUACUUUCACGCUUUUUUCAUUCGAAUAACGAACGAGAAAAACUAUAUACAGUGGCUACAAAAAAUAUUCGCCCAUCAUUAUAACAUUAUAAUCAAUUAGACAUUAUAUUUCAUAUCAUUUAGUAUUACGUAUUUUCACGUAGCUAUUAAAAUUUGAUAUUAUGAAAAUAAAAUGGAGAAUAUGAUGGUGAAACGAAAAAUGGAAAAUUAAUGUAUCGAUACUUUUUUAUAGCCACUAUAUAUAUACAUAUUUACAUUCGAGCCUCGAAUAUCUCCAUAAUGGCGAAGGAUGGAGAACCUGUGCGACAAACGGGUACCUUAACAGGUAGCCAAAAAGUUCAUUAGUGCACCUUUUAAUCACCGCGAUAGCUUUAAGUUAGAGAUAGAUAGUAAAGCCUAUAGGCAGCUGUGUUUCAUUUUUUUCUUAUUUUUUUUUUUUUCUUUCUUCGUUCUCUUUUAGUUAGGUAAGAUAUCCUCUCUCAAAUAGUAACGCGCCGCUCAAGAGGCCUGAACGGAAAUUGCUUCAAGUGGCUUUUGCGGAAACAUCAGUUACUACGUAUUCCGCAGAACCUCGUGUUUCUCGUGAUUCUAUUUUUUUUUUUUUUUUUUUUUUUUUUUUUACCCCCUUUCGAUAACACGAUUCGUUGUUGUACACAGCCAGAAUAGAAGAAUCGUAGAACAAUAUCAUUACGAUCGAUGAUCUUGCAAUAGAAAAUCACGGAUGGACGCGUGGACGUUUUUCUCUUUUCUUUUUUCUUUUUCUUCUUGGUUCAAAAAGUUAUAACGGUUACGAAUGUAUGUACCAGAUAUGUUUAUAUAUCUGUUUACGAGAGAACAAAGGUGAAGGUGGCAAUAAAUAAAACGAAAGGAAUGAUCAAAUUCUGAA